AUGGCAGACAAAGAAGACGGGCGCAUUUCAUCCAAAGAUUUGGGCAGGACCACGGCCACCGAUAUUAUCUCCACCAGUGAUACCGAUACCAAUCAUGCGCUUCAUUUUGCGAGACGUGGUGAAGCUCUUGAAGAAGCCUCAUCAAGCCUGGAAACCAUCAAUGGCUACGAUCCGGAGCUUAUGAAUGGUAGGACACUGCUCACGGCAGCAGAGGAAAAGAAGCUACUACGCAAGAUCGACUGGCGGUUAAUGACGCUUUGUUCACUCAUUUUUAUGUUUAAGAAUCUGGACAGCAACAAUGCAUCCAAUGCUCGAAUCAUGAACAAGGGAACGGAUCAGAAUAUCAUGACACAGCUCGGAAUCACAUCUAACGAGUACAAUCUUGUGACUGUGCUUUACUAUGUCCCAUACAUUUUGUUAGAAGCACCCUCAAAUUUACUGCUCAAGAGAUGCUCCCCUUCAAAAUGGCAAUCAAGGAUUAUGAUCAGCUGGGGUAUCGCUCUCAUGUGCAAUGCUGCUGUGAAGAAUAAGGGCGGUUUAUAUACGACACGGUUCCUACUGGGUGUAGCCGAGGCUGGACAGUUCCCCGGCGUCAUUCUCCAGAUGACUUACUGGUAUCGCCCGGACGAGAUGUCCUUACGACUGCUCUACUUCUAUAUCUGCGGAAAUAUCUCGGGUAUCUUCGGUGGUCUUCUUGCCUAUGGGUUUGACAACGCAUCUGGUGCAGGCGGCCUUUCCGGGUGGCAAUGGUUGUUCCUCUCAGAAGGCAUUGCGACCGUUCUUUUUGGAUUUGUGAUUUGGUUCCUACUCCCAGACUUUCCCGAGACAGCCAAAUGGUUGACUGAGAAGGAGAAGAAGUUUAUCCAGGCUCGACUCCCAUCUAAUUCGCCCCGUGGAAAUGAGCAGCACUUCAAGCUGCGUGAAGUUAUCGAGUCACUGAAAGAUCGGAGGCUGUGGCUGUUUACGGCCAUUUGGGCUACCUUUACUGUUGGAACCAACGGUGUCACAUUCUAUCAAUCGACGGUUAUUGCCAACCUCGGAUACACGAGCAUUGCCCAAGCCCAGCUUCUCAAUAUCCCCAUCACGAUCUGUGGUCUCCUAGUCAUUGCGGCUACAGGAAUUACAGCAGACCGUAGCCGGAUACCCCGGCCAUUAUACCCACUUACCUUCCUUGUUAUCAUCAUAGUCUGCUACGGGGUCUUUGUUGCCUAUCCGAGUAAUGCUGCUAUAUACGCGGUAACGUUGAUCGGAAAUGCCGUGACUGCAUCAUGGUACCCAGUCAUGUGGCCAUGGCGCGUACAAACCACCUCUCGAGCUACGGGAUCCGCCUUCUCUAUCGGAUUUGUCAACAGCUACGGUCAAAUUGGCGGCGCCAUUGGUCCGCAGUUGUUUCAAAGCAAGUUUGGACCUCACUACACAGUGCCAUUCUCCGUCGCUAUCGGUCUUGUGGGUACUUGCGCGAUCUUGACGGUGGUAACGUGGUGGGUGACACAGGAGACGGAGCGUGACACGAGGCGGCUGAAGCUAGCUAAAAUCGCAGCGGAAAAAAGGGGCGAGACGAUUUUGGAAGAUGUUGUGGACAAUGACUUGAAGAACAAUUGA